AUGCCUUACAACGCAUUUCAGACCACUUUGGUGGGCACAGUCAUACGCUUAGUAUCAGGUAAUAGACUGCUGAAAUACCAAGAUGAGAUCGAAUGUCCAGAGCGUUAUACCAAAGAAGAAAUAGCUAGACGGCAGAAGGAAUCACCUACACAAUCACGUAGGGUGUCGAGGUAUGAAACUCCUGCUUCAAACGAUGACGUUACAAUAGUAGAGGAGACGAAUCCACCUCGACGAUCAGAUUCUGAUGAGACCAUUAUAGAGGGAAACCCAGAUCAUAUCAAAGAUCUGCAAAAGGGAAGAGGGAAGGAGGCGGUAGGAGAGCACAACAACAGUAGUAAUACUGGAAUGGCGAAUAAUGAACAGCAGGCUGAAGAAGGGAUGAAGGAAGAUCCAAACUUGGUUACUUGGUAUGGUGACGAUGAUCCUGAGAACCCCUACAACUGGUCGACCCGAUACGAGACCUUCGUCGCCUUGCAGAUUUCUUUCCUUACUUUCGCAGUCUACAUCGGCUCAUCGAUAUACUCAGCAGUAGGAUUGACAGCGUUCGUCAUCGGUUAUGGUAUUGGUCCAAUGUUAUGGUCUCCAAUCGCCGAACUGUCAAACGUAGAAAGAAUGCCCGUCUAUGUCGCUACACUCUUCAUUUUCGUCGCAUUGCAAUUCCCAACAAUCUACGCCAAUAAUAUCCACACCUUACUCGCGAUGCGGUUCUUUGCUGGAUUCUUCGGUAGUCCCGCUCUAGCAGUCGGAGGGGCAACCAUGGGAGAUAUGUUCAAACCCAAACAUCUGGCAUAUGCUAUCGGUGUAUGGGGCUGUGGCGCGGUUUGUGGUCCAGUCAUAGGACCUCUGCUAGGAGGAUUUACAUAUCAAGCUAAAGGAUGGACUUGGCCAUUAUGGGUCCUCGUAUGGCUCUCUGGAGGAUGCUUCUUGUUGAUCUGCAUCUUUUUCCCUGAAACUUCUGGUAAAAAUAUCCUACAUAGGCGAAUGUUAAGGCUCAGAAGGAUUACCGGAAACAACGACCUUAAAACUCAAGCAAUGAUUUAUUCAAGCCAUCUAUCUGGUGGGAGGGUUGUAUAUGAAGCUCUGAUUAAACCUUUCGUGUUGUUCUUCGAUCCAAUUCUACUGGUCUACAAUACUUAUCUUGCCCUUAUCUAUGGUCUUCUCUACAUCUGGUUCGAGAGUUUUCCAUCAGUAUAUAUGGGAGUCCACGGUUUCAACCCUGGUGAAUCUGGUACAGCCUUCUUGGGUAUAUUCGUCGGGGCGUGGGCAGCCUGUGCUGUAUUCUGUUACUACAUUCAUGUGUAUCUAGAACCGAUCUUCGACGCAAACAAUGGCUUGAUCCCAUGUCCAGAAAUUCGAUUAUAUCCUGCUCCCAUCGCUGCCGUCUGUAUCCCGAUAGCAAUGUUCGGCUUCGGAUGGUCAGGUUCGGAUGGUCAGGUCAAUACGAGCGCAUUCAUUUUGUUCCAAUGCAUUUUUGCCUAUUUCGGAGACGUAUUCUACGAAGAGAUCAGUUCCGUCUUCACCCUCAAUGACCUCUUCAGGUCAUCUUGGGGUGCCGCUUUCCCCCUAUUCGCUAAUGCCUUGUUCAAGCAUCUGGGUAUAGGAGGUGGGAAUAGUCUGCUGGGGGGUUUGGCAUGUCUUUUCGUGCCUGCUCCUUUCUUGUUUAUCAAGUAUGGUCACAAGAUCAGGGAGAAGAGUAGAUACGCUUCGAACAAGAGUUAG